CCCAGAUGUACUGAGCUUAGUAUAAGGUAUACGCUGCGUGGCGCCGGUAGCAAGAUCCUGUGCCUGGGAAGUGACAGUCGGCUGUGGUCGCAGCUAGCCGAGCACUAUGCAAGGUCCCAUCAUCGUGCAUCCCAGAGGCUUGCAAGCCAUCAUGGAGAAACCAGUUAUCUCAUCCACACUUCUCCACUCCGUCACGUCCGAGCCCUCCAGACAACCAUAGAUUGAAGCUUUCUCAAUUUGGACGGGCCCACAGCAUGGUUGUAUCGACUAAAACAUCGGCCUAUGCUCUCAAUAGGUAGCAACGCAUAGCUCGAGGGACAUAAAUACCCCUCCUCAUCUCUCAGACUCCGGCACACCCGAGCUAGGUUUCGUCAAGGUUUCCCAAUCCACUGCCAGUAUGCUGUUCCGCAGUCUGCUGUCCACGGCUGUGCUCGCCGCCUCUCUGUGCGCUGACCAUGUGUCUGGUGCCAAACUUGGCCGGUUCGCUCAGAGAACUCGCGACGCCAAACCGGCUAAGCGCGCAGCGGAGCUUGCGAAGAGGUCGCACUCGACCCCCGUUGCGGAUUAUCGGUUCUACAACAAUGCGACUGAGGCCUACCGUGUGAAAAGUCUUCCCGAUGUCCACUACGACAUCGGCGAGAUGUACUCUGGCCUGAUUCCCAUCGAGAAGAAUGACUCCUCGAGAGCUCUUUUCUUUGUCUAUCAACCCACCAUUGGUGAACCUGUCGAUGAGAUCACGAUCUGGUUGAACGGUGGUCCUGGAUGCUCGUCUCUGGAGGGCUUUUUCCAAGAAAAUGGACGCUUCACCUGGCAGCCUGGAACCUACCUGCCCGUUGAGAACCAAUACUCGUGGGUGAACCUCACUAAUGUGCUGUGGGUCGAUCAACCCGUGGGCACGGGAUUCUCUAUUGGCACUCCGACUGCAGUUUCGGAGGAAGAGAUCGCACAAGAUUUCGUCAAGUUUUUCAAGAACUUCCAGCAGACCUUUGGCAUCAAGAACUUCAAGAUCUAUGUGACUGGCGAGAGCUAUGCAGGCCGCUAUGUUCCUUACAUCUCGGCUGCCAUGCUGGAUGAGAAAGACACUGAGUACUUUGACUUGAAGGGUGCAAUGACCUACGAUCCCGUCAUCGGCCAAUUCGACUACGUCCAGACCGAUGCUCCCGUUGUGCCCUUCGUUCAGGACAACAAGAUCCUUUUCAACUUCAACGCCAGCUUCCUCGCCGAGCUGGAGAAGCUCCACGAGUCCUGCGGCUACAAGUCCUUCGUCGAUGAGUACCUGGUCUUCCCCGCCAGCGGGGUGCAGCCCCCGAAGAGCAUGAACUAUUCGGGCAACUGUGACCUCUGGGACCUAAUCAACGACGAGGUCCUGGGGAACAACCCUUGCUUCAACCCCUACGCGAUCAACCAGAACUGCCCCAUCGUCUGGGACGUGCUGGGCUUCCCGACGGAGGUGGAAUACACCCCCGCAGGCGCAACCGUCUACUUCGACCGGGCUGACGUGAAGCGCGCGAUGCACGCCCCCAACAUCACCUGGUCUGAGUGCUCGAACGAGAGCGUCUUCGUGGGCCAGGGCGGGCCCGAGGGCGAGGGCGACCUGUCGGCCAACCCGAUCGAGCACGUCCUGCCGCAGGUCAUCGAGGGCACGAACCGCGUGCUCAUCGCCAACGGCGACUGGGACAUGGUCAUCCUCACCGCCGGCACCCUCCUGUCGAUCCAGAACAUGACCUGGAACGGCAAGCUCGGCUUCGAAGAGAAGCCCGCCACCCCGAUCAACAUCCAGCUGCCGGACCUCCAGUGGGAUGCUAUCCUCGGCGGCGAGACCGGCGGCCAGGGCGAGAUGGGCAUCCAACACUACGAGCGCGGCCUGAUGUGGGCUGAGACCUACCAGAGUGGCCACAUGCAGCCGCAGUACCAGCCUCGCGUGUCGUACCGACACCUGCAGUGGCUGUUGGGAAGAAUUGAGAAGCUGUAAUUAUGGUGUAUGAGGG